CCAGUAAGUAUUAGCAUAAGCUGCAUACCCCGCGUGGCCUUGAUUCUACAACAGAGACUGCCGGGUAAACAUUUCUUUAUGGAGGCAUAUGCAUACGAACGCUUCCCACGAGAACUUCCGGUGGAAGUAUUCCUCGUGCUGGCUAGCGUGUCAGUUUGUAUAAAUCUGCGCCGGGCUUUCCGUUCUGUGUUUGAGUUUAUGUCGGCCGGCUUACGCAUGUGCACAAAUCAGCAAAAUCAUGAGGUCUUUAAAAUAGCUGAGGUAUUUUUGGAUGGAAAAAAUUGGAUCAGCAUCGGAAACAGCCAAAAUGUACCCGGCGAGGGACACAUCCGAAUGUUAACGUCAGCCAAUUAUGUCUAUAAGACUCAGUGCCGGUUUUCGCAGGGAGAUGCACGAUAGAACCGUUUGCUUGUUUACUAGUUAGUUGCUUUCUUUAAUUUUAUUGUGCCCCGCAUUCUGCUAGAUUGUUGACAGCGACGCUCGAUUGGGCAAUCUUUCUGGUUUUCUUUAACGAAUUGUUAUUUUUGUGAUUACAAGAACAACUUAAGAGUAAGUAUGUCGAAAGAAGUUCCAGAUCCUAAACCAAUUCGCCGGAAGAGUAAAGAACAUAUUAUGGACAAACCGCUUCCGAGUGUACGGCGCCGCAGCAGAGAUCUAGCAGUAGCUGCCAAAGAUAGAGCUGCCAUAUUCCAGAAAAUGGCAAAAGAUCAUGCCGAACGGCAGCUCGAUAACCCAUUUUCUGAUCACCAUCCCGAUGGCAAAGUGCGGAUGAAGAAAAUUGAUAAAAAUGAUCCCAAUUAUGGGAAACCUCUGGAAGGAAGCAGCACCGCCAGGAGAGGACAAGAAGCAGAUGUCCAUAUAAAAAAGGAAAUCCAACAGCUUUGCGAAAUAAUAUACGAUAUCGCUCUUCACGAUCCAAAUGUGCCUGGGCCUGAUUGCUGGGUAAAAUUUGGUCCACUCUUUGAGCAUUACAACCAUGUUUCCGACAAAGUGGUUGGCAUCCUGCUGCGUGCCAGAAAAUAUGGAUACGUAGCGUUCGAAGGAGAAAUGUUGUACCAAAGGCGGGAUGAUCAUGUGAAAAUAACGUUAACUCGAGAAGGAUUAAUACUGAUCAAAAAGAUUCCUUCAUCUUCAUGACAAGCGUGUCCUUCAACUUGUUUAAUACUCCAACUCUCCAUUCUCCAAGACCCCAGUGGAUGCCUCGUUCGGAGUUCGGACCUUUAAUUAAUCCUAGGCUAUGAUGUAGUCGAUUCUACGAUGUGGUCGUAAUAACGGGCUGGCGGCUAUGGUAUAUACUGGUCAAGGAGGGAAAAUUAAUAAUUUGUCUAAAAAAUGUGUUUUCACUUUUGGGCACGUGUAAAUUCGAAUAAUUUAUUAAGUAUUUGUACUUACUACGUCGCUCAGGUUCUGUUCAAUGGUACCAUGCAUAAUUGGAAUUUUUUGCGCUGAUUCUUUUUUCGAGCGUCAUU